CAGAUCCUUUGCCAACAAAGAUGCAGGUCGAUGAUGAAAGAGACCAUGGUGAUGUUCCAGAUGCAAAGCCAGAUAGAAGACAGCGAUCUUCACUCUUUUCAAAAAAAAAGAAUGGACAGGAAAUUCAGCCAGAGACCUCUUUCCCUAGCCGAAACCGAAUUGUUCCUCCAGAAUUCCUGUAUCGUAUGGACUACAAGAAAAUUGGAAAAUGUGUUAUUAUAAACAACAAGAACUUCAAAGAAAGUACAAACAUGGGUAUACGAAAUGGCACUGAUAAAGAUGCUGGUGACCUGCUAAAAUGUUUUCGAAGCAUUGGAUUUGAUGUUUCCAUCCAUAAUGAUCUCACCUGUGAAGCUAUGGAGAAUAAACUCAAGGAAGUUGCCCUUGAGAGCCACAGUGAUGCUGCUUGUUUUGCCUGCAUAUUAUUAAGCCACGGAGAUGAGGGGUUUAUCUAUGGCACAGAUGGAGCUAUGGCAAUAAAGGAGUUGACAAGUCUUUUCAGAGGAGACAAGUGCCCAAGCCUCAUUGGAAAACCUAAGUUGUUUUUCAUUCAGGCCUGUCGAGGUUCUGAAUUUGAUGAAGGGAUUCAGACAGAUGCAGGUUCUCCAAAUAACGAUCUGGAAAUGGAUGCCAAUCCAGGAUGCAAGAUUCCUGUAGAAGCAGAUUUUUUGUAUGCAUAUUCCACCGUGCCAGGUUAUUAUUCUUGGCGGAAUCCAGGGAACGGCUCCUGGUUUGUGCAAUCUCUUUGUGAAGUUCUGACUAAGUAUGCCAAAGAGCUGGAGAUCCUGCAGAUGCUCACCAUGGUUAACUACAAAGUAGCAAGAAACUAUGAAUCGCAGUGUGAUGACCCACGCUUCAAUGGGAAGAAACAGAUUCCUUGUGUGGUCUCCAUGCUAACCAAAGAAGUUUACUUCUGAAAUCUCAUUUGUUUGGGCAUAUAUCAUCUCCUCAUCUUCCAAAGAAAGAUUGAAAUAUACAAUGGGGAUCUCUUAAUCAAAACAUUUCAAAUCAAACCACACUGGAUCCAGAGCUUCAUCAAGAUAAUCUUUGAAAUAUGCAAUAUGACGAUUACCUCAGUUGAUAGUUAAAAUCCUUUUCAACAUGCCACCAUGACUGUUUAUCUGUAUUUUGGUAGAUAAUUCUGGUCUUUUGUUGUUUGUGGCCAUACUGGAAAAGAAUACCUCUAAUACCUCUCUUGUUUGACCACAUCUGGAGUCGUGUGUGGGUUUUUUCUCAUGGAAAUUCCUCAUAAUUCUCCAAUAUUAACUACCUAAAAUGUGAUGGCACUGUGCUAUUGCACUGAAACAUUUUUCUUAAUUUCUCAAAUAUAAAAGGGAGGAAUCACACAGGAAUAUGACCAAGGUGUACUGGAGUUUUCUGUGAUUAAAUGGUGGACUUGAUAUCAUUGGUAUUUUACAUAUCAGAGGACAUAUCCAUUCAUAGGUCUUGCUUGGUCUCAAGUGUGGGUUUGAAAUCAUAAGCCAUUUACUUUUCAAAAUCACUCUGUUUAAAUCUGUUUCUAUUUUCCUUACUUCUCCCUACAUUGGAAAACUAUCCUUAUAAAACCUAAGAAAUACUUGAAACGCUUCUUUUUAUCCAAUAUGGAAAUACCACUCCAGUUUUAUCAUGAGAACACUGAACAGUUAAGUGCAGCUUACGACAUUUUCAGCGCAAUAACAAUUUGAUAGCAAAUAUGUGCUGUGUAGUAUAUAGCUUUCAAACAGAAAUAACAGUGAUGCCUGUACAUUGUCGGUUAGAUCAAAGCACAAUUAUUCUACAAAGCAAUAAGUAAAACUAUAGCAAACUAAGUUAAAUUAAGAGUUUCUACUUCCUUGUAAUGACUAACUGCUGCUGAGAAGCCACACAGUUCUUUACUUUAAAUGCCUUAAGCUUGAUUGUGUUGCCCUUUCUGCAUGAUUAGACAUUGCAGAUUCGGUGCCUACAUAUUCACUUGAAGGCAAACCACCACCCCCCCCCCAUCAUUCUUGAUCUUACACCAUAAAUUCACAUUUUUCUGUAUGUCACUUUAUAGUGCCAAUUUCUUGUUUCUAGAUUUGUUUCCUUGUUUCUAGAUUUACAAACAGUGUUGUACAAUUGUUGAAUUUCUUGUUAUUAUAACAAGUCCACAGUAUACCCAACGCUAUGGAUGUAUUGGCCAACUUUCAUUUCAUUACCAUAAAGGCGCUCUUUCUUGGCGUGUUCGGUGCUGUGGCUAUUUGAAGUAAGCUUGAGCUAUGAAUCCUAGCUACUCAUGGGAACUUGAUUUUGUGUCAGUCAAGUCACCAGUACAAAGGCAAUGUUUAUGUCGUUUUCAAGCUUUAAAGCAAGAUAGGAAAAGAGUGCUGAAUUUUAACUGGGGAUAGACCACAUCUUACACAACAUCAGGUAGGAAAUAUUUCCAUCACUGCAAGAGGAGAUCUCCACAGAAUGCCAAUGACUUAAGAAAUCCAGUGCGCUAUGGAUUCUACAGUGAGACAAAUUGCUUUUCUGGCAUGAUGCAAAAAUAUAGCAGUAGGAUCUCAGGUAGUGACAGCUGCAGGACUAGGCCUCACCAUGAAGUGGGAAAUAUGCAAUCCUAUGAAUUUAUCCUGGCAAAGACCUGUAUGUUUCUUGAGCAAGAGAGUAAACUAAAUGGGAGCAUCAAUGGGAGUUUUGCCUUGCAAAUGGUUGUGAAAUAAUCUCAGUUAAUCAUAACAUUUUUUGCACUUAAAGAAUUAAUAAAUUCUUUUGACAUAACAUGUCUGUCCAGUUAUAUUCAGACAAUGAAAUAAUAGUAAAAACUAUAAACUAGUAGUUCAAGACACCAAAACUAAUCAGCUGUUUACAUGUCGAAGUUAAUAAACUAUUUACAUAGGAUGGAAAUGCAUAACUCCUUUGUUCUUCAGGGAAUUGUAAUGGAAAAUCUCAAUUAAGAGAUCAAUAUAUAUUUGAUGCGAAUAUAGCCAAUCUAUAAAUAUUUUAAUGGUUAUUUUAAAGCAGCAUGGGAUCAUCUUUUUUCAUUUCAGAAACAUUAGCUAAUUCUACAAAGAAAUAAAAACAAAUAAAGAUAAUUUUCUAA